AUGAAUGAUCUUAAUAUAUCAUCAAAAGAUAGUAAUAAUAUUAUAAAAUCUAAUAUAGAUGGUAUUGAUAGACCAAAAGUUGUUAUUCAAAGACCCAGUAUAACUGGAAGUGAUUCUAUUAUUAAUGUUAAUUUCAAAAAUCAUGACAAUGAUAAAGAAGAUAAACGAAGAAAAUCAAAAGAUAGUAUAAUUGAAUUUGCUGAUGAAUAUAGAAAAACAUUUCGUACAAGAGCUAGUCAAAUGUUUAAAGAAUUUCCAACACAACAUUUAAGAAAAUUUGCCAAAACAAAAUCUAUGAGUUCUAUUAGGAGAGAGGUAGCAUUGUUUUCGGGUAUAACAUCAAUACAUAGUGUUCUUAGGAUUUAUAGAGCAAAGGGAAUUUAUAAAGUUUUAUGGAUUGCAGCAUGUAUAACAAGUUUAACAUUAUUGAUACUACAAUGUAAUAGUGUAAUUCAAACAUAUUAUUCAAAACCAACAGUAUCUCAAGUAUCAUUUAUAAUUCCAGAAGGUGGUUUGGAAUUUCCAACAAUUACAAUAUGUAGUUAUAAUCCAGUAAAAAGAAGUUAUGUAGAAGAAUUAAAUUCAACAGGAUUAUUUUCAAAAGAAUUAUUAGACUAUUUAACAUUAACUUAUUUACAAAUUACUCCAAUGUUUACUAUAGGAGAUUAUGACCGUCUAAUUGAAGGUGAUACACAAUUUCAAUUGUAUAGAAAAGAGAUAAAUAGUAAUUUUACUAUAAAUGGAUUUUUUAGAUCAGCAGGUUUUAGUUGUGAAGAAAUAUUUAAAGUAUGUUCUUUUGGUGGUAAAGAAUUUGAUUGUUGUACUGAGGUAAAAGAAACAUUAACUGAUAUGGGUAAAUGUUUUAAAAUUGAUUUAAAAUCAUCAAAAAAUAAAUGGCUUAGAAAACAAAAACAAAGUGGUGUUAGUAGUGGUUUAAUGAUAAUUGCUGAUUUUCAUAGUAAUGAACAAAUGGGAUAUGGUUUUGGGAAACAAAUAUCUGAAGAAUCAAUAUUUGCUAAUGAAUUUGAAACUGGUUUUAGAUAUUAUAUUCAUACAAAUGGAACAAUACCAUAUUUAAAUACCGAAGGAAUAAGUGUUUCUCCUGGAAUAAGAUCAUACUCAGCAAUAGAACCAAAUAAGAUUGAAUUGUUAGGUGCAGAUAGUUGGGGAAAUUGUAAUGAUGAUUGGCCAUCAGGAUAUAAAAAUGAUAUUUCUUAUACAGCACCAAAUUGCAAAGCACGCUGUAGAGCCACUUAUUUUUUUAAUAAAUGUGGAUGUAGUCCUUUUGUUUUUAAUAUUGGAGGAUUGUAUCCUGUUUGUACAGCUUUUCAAGUUUAUCAAUGUAUCGAUGAAGAAUAUGAAAGAGUAAAAAUAAAUUCUUAUCAACUUUUACCAAAUUCUCAGGGGGAAAUAAAUUUACCCAUAUGUUCUGAAUGUAAACAGGAAUGUAAUUCAUGGAAAUAUUAUACAUAUAAUAGUUAUGGACAGGAAUUUAGUAUUGGAGCAUUAUCUUGGCUUCAUGGUAGAAAUAAAAAUUGGACUGCUGAAAAUGUUGUUAAUAAUUUUGUUGCAAUGAAUAUAUUUUAUCGUGAUAUGACAUAUACAGUAUAUACACAGGUUCAGAGUACUUCAUUUGUUCAAACAAUUUCAAAUCUUGGCGGUAAUGCUGGUUUAUUUAUGGGAAUAAGUUUUAUUUCAUGUUGUGAAUUUUCUGUAUUUUUAUGGAAAUUAUUUUGGGCUAUUGUUUCAAAAAAUAGACAAAAUUAUAUAGAAAAAAAAAGAAUAAAAGAAAAACUUGAAAGUAAUAAGUAUGGAAAUAAUAAAAAUAAUGAAACUUUAAAUGAUGAUCAACCUAUUGGUUUAAAAGAAAAUGCAAAAAAUCAUAUAAAACAAAUCGGUAGCUUUUUAACAAAUGGAUUAAUUUCACCAAGAAAAACAUCAAAAAAUGAAACAAUUUAUGAUGGAAAACUUGCAGAACAAGAUUCAUUGACAAAUAUAAGAAAUAAUGGGUUUAUUGAUAACAUAAUUACUAAUAAUUUAAAAGGUUUAGGAAGGGCAGAAGAUUUUAUAGAUGUAGACCAACCUGGAUUAUUUGAUAGAGGAAAGUUCUCUUCAUUUUAUGAUCAUCAAAGGGCAAUGAGUAUUGUAAAAGGAAGAGAAAGAUUAAGAAGUUUAUCAUAUAAUGAUUCACCUGAUUAUAUGAAAAAAAAUAAAGAGUUUGUUUUUUGA